AUGGCUGCGCUCCGUCUGGUAGCCGCCUGCUUCUACUUCGACACUUUUGGCGACGUCAAGGAGAUCCAAGAUGGUACAGGAUUCUUUCACUGUCGGUUCAUUGCUGGCCAUGAGAUCGCCGAGCUUGGCAGGUUCAUCAAGAGGAAAGCAGUGGCUGGCCACGAGCCGCAUUUCUUGAUCAAGGAACAAGGCAAUGAUGACUUCCCUCCGCAAGAGGUGCUGCUCGACGAUAAGGAUUUGAACAGGAUGAUUACGAGUCAGAUGUUCAAUUUACGAAAACAGGUUACGAUUAGACGACCGAACAAGAAUGCUGUGACUGAGAUGUCGCUCUGCCUGACACGAGAUACGUCGUAUCCUCUCAGUGGGUUUCCGAGAAAGCUUCAUGGCGGCAAGUCAGUCGCGAGCGGUAUGCGCAUCUUCACCUGUCCCAAUAUGUACAAAGGCCCACUUCGUAACACAGCGAACCGAAACGCGGCCACGAAGAUUACAAACUCAUUCCGCUGGGCUGGACGCUCAGGAAGUCAACAAGAUCAACGUCGCCGCGACUGGAAGGCUCCCGUCAUGCCACUCAUAGAGAAACAAGACAUCAUCGAACAAUACUCCGAACCUAGUCACUUGCUGGGCAGUGCAACAGAAGCUGACCUCAUGGACACCAAUCCAAAGGCAGUAGAGUCGCAAGGUCAUCUUGAGCUUGAGAUCGACGGCUUUGGUCGCAAACUGGCACGCUACGGGUCUGCGGACGGUGCUCGUUCAUCCUCUUCAUUGCCCAGAUCAGAGCUGUUUGACACGCAAGUUGGUGAGCGUGUUGAGCUGCCGACCACCGAGAUCCAGGAUGAUCGGUAUUAUAUCGCGAGAGAUGAUUGA